UAACUAAGACAAACAAUUCAAAGCUACUUCAAAAUAAACUCGUUUCACAAUUUUGUCUGUUGCUUCGUGUAAACAACAAAGAAAUCUAAAAUGUCAGGACGUGGUAAAGGAGGUAAAGCUAAAGCCAAGGCCAAGACACGAUCUUUCAGAGCCGGUCUUCAGUUUCCCGUUGGUCGCGUUCAUCGAUUUUUACGCAAAGGUCAUUACGCCAACCGAAUCGGAUCAGGCGCUCCAGUUUACUUGGCUGCUGUUUUGGAGUACCUAUCCGCUGAAAUCUUGGAGUUGGCUGGUAACGCUGCCCGAGACAACAAGAAAGCCAGAAUUGUUCCUCGUCACUUACAGCUCGCUGUUCGCAACGACGAGGAGCUGAACAAACUGUUGUCGGGUGUAACCAUUGCAAGCGGUGGUGUGCUGCCAAACAUUCAAGCCGUUUUGCUGCCCAAGAAGAACGAAAAACUUCCAAAACCAGCAGCAGCCAAGUAAAGAGUGGAGCUACGCGAGCACGCACUAAAACAAAAAGGCUAUUUUCAUAGCCACACAUUUGUCAAAAACAUUUUUGCGUGAACGAAAACGACUCCAGAACAUAUUGGAGUUGGAGCCUA